AUGGCAUUUGCUUGGUGUGUAGCUCUCAUUUGCAUAGUCUAUUUUAACCAAGUAAUAAGCGCUAAUCAAACCACCUUACAAACAUAUAUCGUCCAUGUAGAGUCGCUACAACUCACCGAUCUCGGUUCUUUUUUGGAGGCGCCGCGCAUCUUGCAUCGCUACCGCAACGUGCUCACGGGUUUCGCCGCGAAGCUAUCGGCCGACGACUUAGAAGCGCUUCGCGGCAUCAAAGGUUUCAUCUCCGCGCGGCCCGAGCAAGUGUAUGAGCUCCACACCACCCACUCCCCCAAUUUCUUAGGCCUCAACCAAAAUGUAGGAUUUUGGAAGGGAUCCAACUACGGCAAAGGCGUGAUAAUCGGGUUGCUCGACACCGGAAUCACGGCGGGCCACCCCUCGUUCCACGACCAAGGGGUCCCGCCCCCGCCCGCCAAGUGGAAGGGCAAGUGCCAGUUUGGCCCCAAGGGGUGCAAUAACAAGCUGAUCGGGGCAAGGGGCUUUGACGGCCGCGUGCCUGCGGACGAGUUAGGCCACGGCACGCACACGUCAGGCACGGCCGGGGGCAAUUUCGUCCGCGGCGCGGCCAUCUUCGGCAACGCCAACGGCACAGCGGCCGGCAUUGCCCCUCUUGCACAUGUUGCCAUGUACAGAGUAUGCAGCCCCGAUAGCUGCACCGAGAGCAGCGUCCUUGCAGGACUCGAGGCCGCCAUCGAAGACGGCGUCGAUGUCCUGUCGCUGUCGCUGGGAGGGGAUUCAGCCCCCUUCUACCGCGACAGCAUCGCCAUCGGCGCGUUCAGGGCCACGGAGAAGGGGAUCUCCGUGGUCUGCUCGGCCGGGAACAGCGGCCCGGACCCCCGCUCCCUGUCGAACGAGGCCCCGUGGAUCCUCACCGUUGGCGCCUCCACGAUGGACAGGAAACUAACUGCCACCGUCGUCCUCGGCAACGGCGUCGAAUUCGACGGAGAAUCGGCGCAUGGUUUCCCUCCCACAAGUGAAGCGGAAAUCUUUUACAACAAUCCAACACUCUGCGCGGAAGAAGAGUUGAAGAGUUAUGGUGUGAAAGGAAAGAUAGUAGUGUGUGACGAAGGGCUUAUUACAAGAAUAAGUAAAGGGGAGGCUGUGAAGAAGGCCGGCGGCGUGGGGAUGAUACUCAUAAACGGCAUCUCUCCAGCCUACACGCUUUCCGCGGAAAGGCAUGUUCUCCCGGCAUCACACAUCAGCUACGCCGACGCAAUCGAAUUGAAAUCAUAUCUUAAUUCCACCAAACACCCCAAAGCCAAAAUCAUAUACAAAGGAACCCAAAUUGGGAAACAAAUCCAAGCACCAGCGAUGACAUCUUUCUCAUCCAGAGGCCCCAGCAUUGCAAGCCCCGGAAUCCUGAAACCCGACAUCACCGGUCCCGGAAACAACAUCCUCGCCGCCUGGAACGCCUCCAUCGACGACGACACCACCACGUCCGGCUUCAACAUGAUCUCGGGGACCUCAAUGUCGUGCCCGCAUCUCAGCGGCGUGGCGGCGCUGCUGAAGAGCGCGCACCCAGAAUGGUCCCCGACGGCCAUAAAGUCGGCCAUCAUGACCACCGCGGACCGGGUGGACCGCGGGGGGAAGCCUAUCAGCGACCAGAGGCUUCUCCCCGCGGACGUGUUUGCCACUGGGGCAGGGCAUGUCAACCCCACCAAGGCCAAUGAUCCCGGGCUUAUCUACGACAUCCGACCAGACGACUACAUCCCCUACUUGUGCGGGUUGAAUUUCAGCAACGCACAAGUGGGCGCUGUUGUGCAUCGCAGAGUGGAUUGCGAGAGAGAAUCGAGCAUUCGAGAGGCGCAGCUCAACUACCCGUCGUUCUCGAUCAAACUUGGAUCAACGGCGCAGAAGUAUACAAGAACUGUUACCAACGUUGGGAGAGCCAAGUCUGUGUACAAAGUGAGCGUGGCUGCUCCUGCCGGUGUGGAUGUGAAGGUCAAACCGGGUAAGCUUCGAUUUAAGAAGGUGGGUCAGAAAUUGAGGUACAGUGUGAUGUUUAGGCGGUCGGGGAGUGGGGGAGCCGAUAAUAAAAUAGUUCAAGGAGAGAUUAAAUGGAGGUCGGGCAAACAUUCUGUUAGAAGCCCUGUUGCAGUUAUAUUUGGAUGA